UACAGAACUAUCAGCCAUGGCAGAGUCUGUACAGAACUAUAUAGAACUUAUAAAAAACAAAACCAGCCUCACAAUUCAUAAUGAAACAGCAGAUAAAUGUGCACCAGAACUGAAUCACACAUGUGAGUUUGUAGCACAAGAAUUAUGGAAGGUGAUUUCAAAGGAGGAAGAAGACUACAAAACUGCUCUGAAAUAUGCAGAGGGAUACUUUCUCCCAAUAAUCCUCACAUUUGGAAUAAUGGGGAAUAUACUCAACAUUGUUAUCCUAUUGCAUAAAAGGAUGAGUCACAAUAUGAAUGAUUUGGAGAAAACAUCUCAGAUUGGUCUAAUCGCUCUAGCCAUAUCAGAUUUGUGUUACUGCAUAACAUAUUUUCCAAGAUCAAUUCAAUACUUGGAGAGAGACAAGGUCCAACUAUAUGAAACAUAUAACUUUUGGAUGUUUUAUAAAACAUACAGAGAGGGGAUCACAUACACAUUUGUGCUGGUUAGUACAUGGAUAACAGUCUUACUUGCUCUUACCAGAUGCAUAGUCAUUUGCAAACCUCUUCAUGCCAGAGAAAUCCUUAGCAUCAAGAAAAUGCAUGCUGGGAUAAUAUUCAUAUAUGUUACAUGUGCACUGUUAUGUGUACCAAAAUACACAGUGAAGAGUGUUGUCCAGUUUACCUGUAAAACACAUGGUUUGAUAGGUAGUCCAUUGCCCAGAAAGGUAUACUUUUCAUGGCAGUGGAACAUGUCAUGCUUGUCCUUUAAUAAGAUUACAUACAGAAUUGUACUAGCGACAUUUGCAUCAGUUAUACCACUGAUAAUAUUACUAGUCACAACAGCCUUGUUGAUACAUGCUCUUCACAAAUCACAUAAAUUGCGCAGAGUGUACUCAAACGCACAAGAAAGAUCAACUGGAGGAGUUUCAAACCGCCUGACACCUAUACUAGUGACAAUUAUCAUCAUUUUCAUCAUAAUGAAUAUGCCAGUUGAACUGUCUAACUACUAUGUGCUAAAUAGGAAAUUAACCCGUAAAGAGUCCCCUCAAUAUUUCUCAAUGUUGACAACUGUUUUUGAAGUGAUGCAGGCGAUAAACUUCACUUUCAACUUUUUGUUGUAUUACAUAGCUAUAGUGCCAUUUAGAAAGACAAUGCAUAAUGCUAUGGCUGCUGUGCUGUGUCAGAGACACCAAAGUGAAAAUAGAAGAAAGAUCCCUUUAGAACACAAAUAUGAAAUAGCACAAACUACAGCACGGUGUGAGGAAUAUGGAGAAACCAACUCCAAUCAUAUGAAUAAUAAACAAGAUAUGGUUGAAAAUACCUCAAACCAUGAACUGAUUGAUAAGCAUAUUGCUGACAGUAACACAAAACAUGAAGUGAAUAAUGAACAGGAUAUGACUGUACUGACAGUGACCCAAAACAUGACUGAAGAAUGAGUAUGAUUAGACUGACAGACACUUAAACAUGGGAUGAAGAAUGAGCAUGAUUUGGAUGACAGUAACUUCAGACAUGCAGUGAAUAAUUAGAAUGAUAUGAUUGAAGAUCACUUAAAACACGAGGUGAAGAAUGAGUAUGAUUUGAUUGACAGACACUUUAAACAUGGGAUGAAGAAUGAUUUGAUUGACAGUAAUCUCAAACAUGAGAAUAAUUCAAAUAACAUGACUGACAAUCGCUUACAAGAUGGAGUGACGAGCAGUGGCAGGUGGGAAUAUAAUCCCUAUAAAGUUACAUAUUUAUUUGACACCCUGAACAGGGUGGGCCAAAAAGGUAACCCAAACAAAUAAUAAUUACUCAAUUAUUCA